AUGUCACUGCAAGAGAAGCAGCUGUAUUUAGAUGCGGCGAAAGUCCGUGCUGAGCGUGAGGAUCGCGCUAUGAGAGAGAGGGAGGUAGAAAGAGAAUUUGCAGCAAGGAAAUUAGAGCAACAGUUAUCCGUACGUAAACUCGAACUUGAGUUGGAGAGAGAACGGGAAGAUAGAGCGUUUCAGAUAAAGAAGUUGGAGUUGGAGUUGGAGCAGCAAAAAAAAGCGGAAGCCCCGCAAAUUGAUAUGCCUUUUGUUGAAUCGCAUUCGUCGGCUGAUUAUGAUCCUGUGUUUGACGUUCACAAGAAUGUGAGAUUAGUUCCUCCGUUUUCUGAAAAGGAAAUAGAGAAAUAUUUUCAUCACUUUGAACGAGUUGCUUUGUCUUUGAAAUGGCCAAGGAAGUUUUGGACUUUAAUGUUACAGUGUGUUUUCACAGGUAAAGCUCGGGAAGUUUAUUCAGCUCUCAGUCUGGAACAGAGUGGUGAGUAUGAUAUAGUGAAAACUGCCGUGUUACAUGCAUAUGAACUUGUGCCUGAGGCAUAUCGACAAAAAUUUAGGAAUUUUAACAAAAAUGAUGAAUGCACUUUUGUUGAAUUUGCAAGAGAGAAAGAGACAUUAUUUGAUCGAUGGUGUACUUCAAUGAAAAUCACCACUAAAGAGCAGUUAAGACAAUUGGUGCUCUUAGAGGAGUUUAAACACUGUGUUCCUCAUGCUGUAGCUACAUAUCUUACCGAGCAUAAGGUGAGUAAACUUUCAGAAGCUGCUAUUAUGGCUGAUGAGUUUGUGUUAACCCAUCGUGGGUCGUUUGGUUCAGUCAGUUUUAAGAACGACACGGGUAAGUCUAAGUUUUGUACUCAAGCCAAGACAAAGUCUGUUUCAAUGGGGCCAAAUAUUAAAGCGACAGUAGUUGAGAAGUCAAAGCCUGUAUUUUCAAAAGACAUGAUUUGCUUUUAUUGUAAAAAACCUGGCCAUAAGAUCUCUGAUUGUCUUGUUCUUAAGAGAAAAGAAAGACUCUCAAAACCUGUUGCUUUGGUUGCUACAUCCCCAUUCAUAAAUGAUACUUUUGAGGAAAGAGAGAGCCCUUUGUCUCAUUGUGGUAAACCUGCUGAGCAGAGUGUUACUGGCUCUGUUGAUUAUACACCUUUCAUCACUGAAGGAACUGUUUCUUUAUCUGGUUCAAAGGAAACUGUGUCUGUGUGCAUUCUUAGAGAUACAGGAGCUGCACAGUCAUUUCUUCUGGAAGGAAUUUUGCCUUUGACUUCUGAAACAUCUACUGGAACUCAUGUGUUGGUACGGGGUUUUGAGAUGGGGUUUGUUAAAGUACCUUUGCAUCGAAUCCAUCUUUCCUCUGCCAUAGUAUCUGGUGAUGUUGUAGUUGGUGUCCGUGCUGCACUUCCAGUUCCUGGGAUUACAUUUAUUCUGGGAAAUGAUCUAGCUGGGGGGAAUGUUUGGGCUUGUGCAGUCACUCGAUCAAUGGCUAACCGUCCAUCUGAAAACCAGGAUGAUGAGGUUUUAUUGAAUGACACCUUCUUUUCUACUGUUAAUACAGGUGAAUCUGAUGUCUCUAAAUGUCCUGAACAGAGUGACUUGAAAGUUUGCUUUUUGCCCUCUUCUGAUCAGGCAGAGUUUACAGAACUGCAAAAUGAAUCUGAUACAUCUGAGGUCCUAUCCACUUCUGAAAGCAUUGGUACUGAACUUUCUAAUGUUGAUUGUUCUUUGACUUCUCUUUUACAGAUCUCUCGAGAGGAGCUAAUUAGAGCACAACAGACCGAUGAUACGCUUAAGUUUUUAUUCUUUGCAGCAAGGUCAAAUAAGUGGUCUGAUCUUCCUUCAUUGUAUUUCUUUGAAGACGGCCUUCUUUGUAGGAAGGGGACCAUGCAUAAGGAUAUGGUGGAACUAAAAAUUCAGAUUGUAGUUCCUCUGCCAUUUAGAGAACCUGUUUUGAAAUUGGCUCAUGAAGGACUCGCUGGCCAUACUGGAGUCCGGAAAACUUAUAGUCGUAUUAUGCAGCAGUUUUAUUGGCCUAAAGUAAAACGAGAUGUGGCCAAAUAUAUACGAUCUUGUCACACAUGUCAGAUUACCGGUAAACCCAAUCAAAAGGUGCCAGUUGCUCCGCUACAGCCUAUUCCUGUGGUUUCCAACCCUUUUGAACAUCUAGUUAUUGACUGUGUUGGUCCUCUCCCACGGUCUAGGGCUGGUCACCAUUAUCUUUUUACCAUCAUGUGCCAGACUACCCGCUAUCCUGCAGCUUACCCAUUGAGAUCUAUCACCACUAAAUCUAUUUUGAAAGCCCUCACUAACUUCAUGUCUAUCUUUGGUAUUCCCAAGAUUAUCCAAUCAGAUCAAGGUUCAAAUUUCAUGUCGAAGCAGUUCUCAAAAGCUUUGCGUCAACUUCGAGUUACACACAAUGUUUCCAGUGCCUACCAUCCACAAAGUCAGGGGAUUCUUGAAAGGUUUCAUCAAACUUUAAAGUCUCUCUUGAGGUCAUAUUGUGUGGAACUCGAUGCAGACUGGGAGGAGGGUCUGCCAUGGAUGUUAUUGGCUAUACGUGAAGUAAUUCAAGAAAGUUUGGGUUUUAGUCCAAAUGAAUUGGUGUUUGGUCAUCCAGUACGAGGACCUACUGCAGUCUUAGCUGAUGAAUGGCGUACUACUAAGCCUCCAGAAAGUAUCGCAGACUAUGUUGGUGGCUUUCGUUGUAGACUUUAUGAGGCACGGGCGAUGGCUCAAAAGAAAUUGGGAGAAAAGUGCAGUAGGAGUGAUGAGUCUUCCAAGGAUAUUGAUGAGGACGGGAAUCUUCUUUCUCUAGAAAAAGUAGACGGACGACUUAACAACUCUCAGAUUCUUGUUAAUUUGUCUUGUCAUCUGUCUUAUUUGGCUGAGAAAGAGAGAAAUGACAUCAUUGAUUUGGGCCCAGAGGUGCUGGAAGAUGAGAAUCUUUUUGAGGAGGGAGGUGUUACGACCCUGUCUUUUCCUUCGUCACCUGGUGGUGGCAGUGUGGCGUUUGGAUGUGACACCUACUUCCUUGGGAUGCUGAACUCGGUCGUCGGGAAGAUCUAUCUCGUGCCGUCUUCCAGCGAGAGAGACUCCAGGGCUCAGCUCUACGUCGCGCUGCCACGAAAACAUCAGCUAAACACGCCGCCUCCUAAGCUGUAG